CGUGGAGUGAAUAAAAUGGUUGUAAAGGGACAGCUGGUAUCUGAAAAUGAACAUUUUCCCUUCUGUCUGUUGGAGAUCUAAGCUCCUUUCUUAGCUGGCAGGAAGAUAAUCGUGUGAAACAGGGUGCUUGUGCAGAUUCUGGAUUUCUUCAGUUCUUGUAUCGGAAAAAACCACAACAGAAAAAAUAUUCCAGGAACCAGCAAACAAGUUGUCAAUAUGUCGGACAACUACAACGCCGGAGGCGAUGAGGGAAUUAAUGCUAACCUAGGCAACCAAAGGCCAUUGCGGCGACCGAUGCCUGAAACAGAAGCCAAAUUACGAAAUAGAAAUCAAGGUGAAGAUAAAACAAAAGGACGACCAGUUUUAGGUUCCCAGCAAGUUCCACAGGAAAAUCAGCCAAGUUUGCAACCCAGUUCUUUGGCAUAUCCAAAUCUCAACCAGAAUCAAAAUCCAGUCCACAGCAGCCAAACCUGGGGAUCAGGUCUGUCUGCUGAUGCACCAGUAUUUGUACCUGGACAGGCAUUUGCAUCCUCACUGUCAGCAAAUGCUAAAGAGUUUGUCCCACGCGUGCAGAAUUUUAGUACUCCCGCAGAUAUUCCACAGCCACAGUAUAAUGUUUCCUUGACUCCGGCAGAAAUGGCAGAGUAUGAGGCAGAGUAUGAGGCAGAGGAGAGACUAUAUGAACAGUUCCAGAGGCUGGUUUCUGUGCGACCCCCUCAUCUGAGUAGUGUGUCAGCCACCAGCGACAGCGGGGCGAUUGAAUUAAUCAAAAGUACAAUCCACUAUCUGACAACCAAUCCUGGGCAGAUAGACAUUUACAUGGGUACCGUCGUCUCUCAGCUCCAUCAACACACUCUCAAUGAGGCCACUGUCAAUAAGAUAAUAGAAAGUCUCAUCGAACAGGGAAUCUCUGAGCCUAACUUUCGAUACACAGGAGCAAAAAUGUGUCAGUUUAUGGCAAGAAACUUGAAUCUUCCUAAUCAACCAACCUUCAGGCAGGCAUUUCUAAAAAGGUUUCAACAAGAAUUUCGGAAGAAAGAUGCAUGGAUUAACAACCCCAGUCAGCAUCAGAGGAUAUGUGGUUUAACGUUAUUUUUAGGCGAGCUUUUUCUCAAUAUGGAGGUGGAGGGACCCAAUAAUAUUAUGGUGAAGUUUGGUGCACUGAGGACGGCAUUGAAGGAUUUACUGCUGACACUGCUGACUAAUGUGACAGAUUUGACUAUUAAGACUGCAUGUCAGUUACUCAAGCUGUCCGGUGCAACGAUUCAAGAUACUGAGGCUCUCAACAUGGAUUCGGGAGCAGAUGCCAGCUAUGACAGCGUCUUUCGAAAGCUUCAAGAAGUCUCACAGUCUCCAACCCUGAACCAAACAUCUCGUAUGUUGAUUUCUUCUGUGCUCAGUCUGAGGGAAACCAAUUGGGGAAGGAAAGAGUCAACAAGUUCAGACUCCUCCCAGGAUGCCAGGUCUACUAUGUGGGAUGGCCUUCACUUUGGCUUGAAUGAGCCAGUGUUUUACGAUGAACACGGUCAACCAAUCAGCCGAGAGCAGGCUGGUUUCUUUCUGGAUGAAGGUGAGGAAGAUUUCGCAGACUUUGCUUUCGACUCAGGAGAUGUGGCAUAUCCAGCAUGGGCCAACGAUGACAGCGCCUAUGAUGCUUUUGCAUAUGAAAUGAGCAGUAACAUGUACGGUGCUGAGGGUGAUAUGGAUGAGGAGAUGGAGGCAGCGUAUGAAGAGUUUCUGAGAAGCCAGGGACAUAGCUGACCACUGUCGGAACCCCUCUCACAAUCUAGUCUGCCAGUCUACCAUAGCUGCUCAGCCCACUAGUUAACAUUCUUCAACCUUUAUUGUAUAUUGCAUAGCAUAUUUUUAUCUCAAUGUUUUAACUAAUUCUGAACAUGAGACUAUGUACAUGUAGGCUGGGUAGGUUUGAUUAUUUCUUUUGCGCCAAUAAGCUGUUACAGUAUUUCGUUUGUCUCCGGGAGAUGGUAACCUCACAGAAUGUCAAAAUAUAGAUUCGUUCAUUGAUUUUUCAUUUCAUAUCCAAGAAACUGAAGACAUGAUUUGUUCAUCUUCAUAAACUUAUUUUGGAAAUAAAACUAAAUGUACAGGGACUAGGAUGGGCAAACUGUUACGCACCUCAGGAAGAAUACUUUGUUGUGUGAGCAGAACAGUUGUUAUUACAAAAAUCUUUGUCAGGUAAUUACAAUAAAUUACAACAUUUUUAAGAACAGCACAGUAACUAAUUAGUCUGCAUUGGAUUUUUAACUUCAUGAGAAUUAGAAUGACUACUUUAAUGUCUUCCCAGGAAGCAAAUACUUAAAAUUUUAGUUCAGUCCUCCACAUGAUUUUGAACACACAGCCUCAACGGCUAUAGCGACCAAUUUCACUACUUCACCAGACUAUCAGUUUGCUAAGUUUGGACAACAGUGUUUGUGAAUAUGUGCAGCAUGUAUUCUUACAAGAAGGUUGAGGAAUAAGGAUAUGUACAAAAUGUAAUGUGUGAUGUAACCAUAGGGGGAAAACCAUUCAUCUGUCAUCAUGGUAGACUUGGCGUCAUAUAUGCGACGGUUGAUGGAAUGAUGUCGCACAUAGCAAAUGAUAUUGCUGAUCUCAGUGUAGGUGUCAAUGUUUAGAUGCUUCAGAAUUAAUACAUAUUGUUUAUUUGUUUCAGUGUGCAUCUCCCCAGUUACAUGCAGAAGUUGUACUAUAGUUAAGUUUAUACAUACGCAAAUAAGGGAAAAAAGAGUAGUUUAAUACCAUAUCUCACAUAUUAUUUGAGAGUAGCAGCUAACAGUCCCUGAUGUCUUGAUCUUAAAUGUGCUCUUCUCUUCACUUGUAACCAUGGUAUUGUAGCAAAAACAAAUUUAGAACUUUAUCUUUGGUAUUUUCUAAAUGCUUUGGUAAUGGCUUUUCAUAUGUAUUUGGUAAAGGUGAAAUAUUCAUGUUUUAUGUUAGUCGGUGUUGUUUUUCAUCCUGAUCUUGAAGCUGUCUUGUUUUUUUUUCCUCUCUCUCCAUGGAUGACAUUUAUUAGCAUCUCUUGGUGGUUAUCAUCGUAAUACAGGUUAAAGGUAAAACUACAGAUCUAUGAAAAAACUUUAAUAUUGCCACCUUCAUGAAUUUCAGUGUCCAUGAGUAAGCGCAAUAAUGCAAUAACUCAGAAGUAAUAAUAUUACCAAUAUUGAAUCAAGUGCCCUGGAUAUUUGAUCUGUCUAGCAUCUAUUGCCUGGCAGCAGGACCUUGACGUGAUUUUGUUCACAGCAAACGUUCCUUUCCGAGCUCAAUACAUCACAUUAAAGACAGUGUGAUAUUACAAUAGAAACAGAUACAUUGUAACAGUGCAGAUGUUAUGCUACAGUCCAUUCCUGACGUAACAAUGGUUCGAAGUUCUGCUUCACACAGGCACCAUCUCACGGGAUUAAAAACGAUGCUGCCUUCCCUUUGUGAGAAACCUUGAUCAGAGAUUGUUUUCCAGUAUAUUUGUGCUACCCAGUACCUGUGUCUCUGGAUACCUCCAGGUGCAGUCAUCAACUUUAUAUGUAACAGUUAUUCAGGGAAUGAUAGGGGACUAUAUCUUACUGAAGUCACACAUAGGCGUAAAAGCCUAUACUAAUUGUCACCAAUUACAUUAUGCAUAUUAAAACAUUAAUCUGAUUUGCACUGAAUUUUAACCUUUCCAACCCCAAAAAUGUCCUCAGAUGAGUUGGAAGCAGGCGUUGCGUCAUAAAUAGUUAGUGACAAGUCAGAAUAACUUGCUGCUACUUGAUUUUAUCGUAGCGAGUUUACGUGGAAGACCCAUCAAAGGGCAACAUUUACAAACAUUGGGUAGGGGCGUUCCAUGCUGACAAGGGAAUUUCUUUUAUUGUAUUUAACAGCUUAGAGUUUUAACCUGUCUACUUAGUUGAAUACAAUAUAAAGUAUGUACAUUUGUUACACUGAGUUUUAAUAUCUUACCAAUGUACCUCAGCUGCUAUAUUGAAUAUAUAUAUAUAUACAUACAAGCACCAGGAAAUUUGACGGACAUGUCUGGACUGUGCAUUUUCAGGCCUUUUGUAAAUAUAUCACUAACAGGGCUCUAAAGCAAAAGAAAAAAUUUUGAAAAUUCAUUACUGAUAGGGAAACAAGUGUAGGGGCAAAACAGUGAACUAAUGCUUUCAUUUGUCUUUCCAUUUUUGAAAGUGGCAAUUUCAAAUGUUGCUACAAAGGCAACAAAUCCUCAUGGUAUGUAGGUGUACAUAUUUCAUCACAACUGACUGUAUACCCUUAUUCCUCAACUUUCAUUUCAGUUGUCAUAUUGUAUACUGUGAAUUAUGUUUAAUAGGACAUUUAUCUUCUCUAGCCUACUUUGGUACGUUCCAUAUUUCUCCACGGUGCUGAUAUUGUCUCACCCAGAAAUUCCAUAUCAUGGCCUCAUUUUAAUGAUUCCCUUGUACAAAUUGAAUUUUUGUGUUCAUUUUUUGAAGAACAAAGAUAUCAAAAGAAAAGAAAUCAAAGAAGGGUGAGAAAUCAACAAUGUGGUGCUGUGAGUGGGGGAGUUUUUCAGGUACACCGUACUUCCAACAGUGCCCAAGACAACAGUGACUCUUCUGGGUGCAUUUAUAAACAUUAUAAAGACUAGAAUUGUGGAAUAACUGUUGAAUUGUGGAAUACUGUCAACACUUGUAUGUAGAUACUGUUUAAUGCUGGCUUAAGAAAUCUAUUGCAUUACCAACUACAGCAUAUGAAAACAUUGGCAUUACCAGCCUGGAAUCGCUAUUCAGGUGAAGCUGGAGUUAUCCUCACAUGACUGGCACAGAUAGCUAGGCUGGUUGUGCCAGUGUUCCUGCAUGAGGAGUGCUUGGUAAUUGUUUUAUGUUUUGUCCAGUCCUGUACAGAAAGUUUGCAUUUUCCUCAUUGUCUGUGGUGUUGUACACAACUUCAUUUCCCAGUGCUCAUAAUUUUACAUAAAUGCUCUGAAAUGGUUAUAUGCUUUUGUGCUGCGCAAAUAUUAUUAAAUUUUCAUUAUGACAGAAACUAAGAGGUGAACCUGCACAGACCAGUAUUUGGAAAAACAAUGCUGCCAGUUUUAGGCUAUUGUAUGUUACUUAAAUAAAGUUUCUCA